AUGUCAAAACCAACCGUUGGAAUUAAUGGAUUUGGAAGAAUUGGAAGACUUGUUCUUCGUGCUGCUGUAGAAAAGGAUGCAGUAAAAGUUGUUGCUGUUAAUGAUCCAUUCAUUAAUAUUGAUUAUAUGGUUUAUAUGUUUAAAUACGAUUCUACUCAUGGGAGAUUUAAGGGUGACGUUACCCAUGAUGGUUCUAAUUUAAUCGUCAAAAAAGAAGGAAAAGAUGUUCAUACUAUUAAAGUUUUUAAUUGCAAAGAUCCAUCUGAAAUCCAAUGGGGUGCUGCUGGUGCUUAUUAUGUUGUUGAAUCAACUGGAGUUUUUACAACAAUUGAAAAAGCUUCUGCUCAUUUAGCCGGUGGAGCUAAAAAAGUUAUCAUUUCAGCUCCAUCUGCUGAUGUUCCAAUGUUUGUUAUGGGAGUUAAUCAUGAAAAGUACGAUGCUGCCAAUGAUCACAUUAUUUCAAAUGCAUCAUGUACUACAAACUGUUUAGCUCCAUUAGCUAAAGUUAUUAAUGAAAACUUUGGAAUUAUUGAAGGUCUUAUGACAACUGUUCAUGCUACAACAGCUACCCAAAAAACUGUUGAUGGACCAUCUGGUAAAUUAUGGAGAGAUGGAAGAGGUGCUGCUCAAAAUAUUAUUCCAGCUUCAACUGGUGCAGCUAAAGCUGUAGGAAAAGUUAUUCCAGAACUUAAUGGAAAACUUACUGGAAUGGCUUUCCGUGUACCAACUCCAGAUGUUUCUGUUGUUGAUCUUACAGCUCGUCUUGAAAAACCAGCUACAAUGGAUGAAAUUAAGGCUGUUGUUAAAGCUGCUGCUGAAGGACCAUUGAAAGGAGUUCUUGCAUACACUGAAGAUCAAGUUGUAUCAACUGAUUUUGUCUCAGAUCCACACUCCUCAAUCUUUGAUGCUGGUGCAUGCAUUUCUCUUAAUCCAAAUUUCGUCAAACUCAUUUCAUGGUAUGAUAAUGAAUAUGGUUAUUCACACCGUGUAGUUGACUUAAUUUCUUAUAUUAAUACCAAAAAUUAA